AAGAAAAAUAAUAAUCAGAAUUUCAUAAUCUUUUCACUCUCCUCAUCCAAUCUAUAUCUAUUUAUAUCUCUAUAUAUAUAUUCCAUUUAUUUCUGGUCCACUUUAUACCUCCCGUUUUUUCAAGAUUUGAAUAUCUUAAAACUAUUCUUUUAUCACAAUCAAGAAUCACUUUUGCUUCCCUUCUUCUUCAUCUUCAUCUUCAUCUACAACUCCAAUACAAAAAAAAAUAAAAAUAAAAAUGCACCCAUAAUACAUAGAUCUUUCACUCACCCAAUAUCUCCACUUGAAUGCUUAUUCACAUUUCUGAGUUGGGACUUUAUUCUUUUUCCUGAAAAUAUAUCAUGGGUGUUGAUUAUCAUGAGGUAUUUAUAAGGAAUCCAAGAGGUGUACAACUCUUUACUUGUAGAUGGUUGCCCUUUUCUUCUCCAAAGGCCCUUGUUUUCCUUUGCCAUGGCUAUGGCAUGGAAUGCAGUAGAUUCAUGAGAGGUGUUGGGACAAAGCUGGCAAAUCAUGGAUACGCUGUGUUCGGAAUAGAUUAUGAAGGCCAUGGACGAUCAGGGGGUGCCCGCUGUUACAUCAAAAAGUUUGACAACAUUGUCAAUGACUGCAGUGACUUUUUCAAGUCAGUUUGUGCGCAGGAGGAGUACAGAGAGAAAACAAGGUUUUUAUAUGGGGAGUCGAUGGGAGGGGCCGUGGCUCUUUUAACACACAAGAAAGAUCCUACCUUUUGGCAUGGUGCUCUUCUCGUUGCACCUAUGUGUAAGAUAUCCGAGAAGGUGAAGCCACAUCCAAUGGUUAUAAGCUUACUAACUAAAGUGGAGGAUGUCAUACCAAGAUGGAAGAUAGUCCCUACAAAGGAUGUCAUUGAUUCGGCCUUCAAGGACCCUGUUAAAAGGGAAGAGGUACGUGGGAACAAGUUAAUUUAUCAGGAAAAGCCAAGACUAAAGACAGCGUUGGAAAUGCUUAGAACCAGCAUGCAUCUUGAGGAAAGUUUGCACGAGGUGACUCUACCAUUUUUAGUGUUACACGGGGAAGCAGACAUAGUAACAGAUCCAGAAGUAAGUAAGGCUUUAUACGAGCAAGCGAGUAGCAAGGACAAGACUAUAAAACUCUAUCCAGGAAUGUGGCAUGGUUUGACAUAUGGUGAGCCAGAAGAUAACAUUGAAAUCGUCUUUUCAGAUAUCAUCUCUUGGCUUGACAAGCGAAAUGGAGAGAAUAUCGAUGAGGCUAAUUUAAUUGAGAGAUCAGUUUGUCGAGCUACAUCUACGCCAUAUGAGAUGCAACCAAUCUCUUCACCUGUAACGGUCAAUGAAGCAAAACCACAGAGAAAACGUCCUCAAGCGAAUUAUCUGUGUGGAUGGAAAGGGCGUCGGAUGCACCAUCAUUCAUCAAUGUAGAAACUUGAUCGAUAGAUAUGGCCUGUUGCAUCUCCUUCAUUUGUUCUUUCAUGUUAUGGUGACAUAAAUGUUGCUACUAUUAUUUAUGAGGGAAGUGGCAAAUAACAUGUUAUUGUAAGAUGCAAAAUCUCAUAUCUUUAUGUGUCAGUAAACUACUUGUCUA